CGAACCGAAUUUAGAUCCUUUUAUAAACCUUCGAACUUUCUUCUUCUUCAUUCCUAUCUCUCCUCCAUUACUCCACAAAAGAAAAACGUGCCCUCUUUUCUCCCAUUACCUUUCUCCGAUUUUCAGUUUCAAGAUCUGCUCCGAAUAUCGCGAACAAUCCGCUUCCUUUGUUUUGGGUUAUUAUCUGAUCCGUUAUACAAGAUAGAGAUAGAGAGAGAGAGAGAGAGAGAGAGAGAGAGAGAGUUUGAUUUUCUUGGCGAAGGAUUCUGAUUGGAACUCGGUGUUGUUUGUCUUGGGGAUUAGUUGAAUAUUUUGGAUUUGAAAUAAUGGUUUUCCUCUCUGAAAUUUCAUCAUCAGAUGACGAAGAAGGAGUCGGAGAAAAGGAGAGAUAGCAGUAAAAGAAACUGCGAAAUUAGGCGGAAGGAGAAGGGAAUUCUUUUAAUAUCUGCUUAUCUGUUUUUGCUUCUUCUGUUGAAUCGCCAUGUCUGCUACUGUUCUUAGCGAUACAAUCCUAGAACCUCAAACAGCAUCAACGAAGCUAAUCGUUCACAUGGAAGCGGAGUUCGUCAAAUGCGAUUGCUGUGGACUAACGGAAGAGUGCACACCAGCAUACAUAGAACGAGUUCGUGAACGUUACAGUGGGAAUUGGAUCUGUGGUCUCUGUUCUGAGGCAAUCAACUACGAAAUCCUCCGUUCCGAUAGUCUAAUCACGGCGGAGGAAGCCAUGGAAAAUCACAUGAAUCUAUGCAAGAAAUUCACAGCGUUGAAACCACCUCCAAAUCCUACAGUGCAUUUGAUUACGGCGAUGAGACAGAUUCUGAAACGGAGUUUAGAUUCUCCUUCCUCACGGGCUCUGAGGUCCAUGCCUACAAGUCCGACGAAGAAAGGGUCACGAGUACCGCCGGCGCUGACUCGAACAGGAAGCUUCUUUUCGUCUCUAUCGGGUUCGUGAAUCAUCAAAGGUACAGGAUUCCAAGGACCACCACCACCACCACCACCACCAUCAUCAUCACCAAAAACUCAAAUCAAUCAAACUCAAACUAAAUAGGGGAGGAUCCAAUAAUACUCUAUAAUUCCAGAAAAAUAAACUUCAAAUUAUUAGGCUAAAUUAUGCUCUACUCUUCAUCUUAAUCCAUGUUGGUUUUUUUAUUUUUGUCAUAAUUGGCAAAAUUCUAACCAUUUGUUGGUGUAAUUUAGCUUUAAUAAUGUUAAUUAAAGUUGGAUUUUUCUGUGCCA